AUGGAGAAUUUAUUAUCUCUGCUCUGUUGUCAUUAUUCUUUGCUGAUUUUAUUUCAGUACAAAUACCAGGUGUAUGGAAACUAUUCCCAGCUACCCAAGCAUCCAGGGUUCAGCGUUCUUGCAUCAGCUUCCCAUUACUGGCCAUUGGAAGAUGUGGAUGGAAUUCAUGAGUUUCGGGAUACGAAUGGAGAUAUUGUAGAAGGAAUGGUGAACAAAGGAAUUUAUGUCACUGAAAAGAAAGGAGUUACCUUUCUCUUCUUUGGAAGCUAUCAAAAUUCUUGCAUUAGUAAUCCAGAAGUUUGUGGACCUGAAGGAGUAACAUUUUCCUUUUUCUGGAAGACUCAAGACCAGCAGGCUAAGUUUCUCCCUGCCUCUGGUGGACAAGUAAUUUCCAGUGGUUUCAAAAUCUGUUCAAACGAAGGUGAAGGCUCGGUGGAAUUUUACACCCGUGGGAAUGCAAUGAUGAAGUGGAAAGCAAGCUUUAGUCCACCAGGUCCUUAUUGGACUCAUAUUCUCUUUACUUGGAAAUCAAGAGAGGGACUGAAAGUCUAUGUCAAUGGAACUCUAAACACAACUGAUCCAGAUGGGAAAGUUUUCUAUGACUACGGAGACCCCAGUGCAAAUCUGCUGACUGGGACAGAGGGGGACAAAACUAAGCGCUACGUGAAUGGAGCAUUUGAUGAAUUCAUUAUAUGGGAAAGGGCACUCACUCCCAAUGAAAUUGAACAGUACUUUACCGCUGCUAUUGGCGUGCAAGUUUUGCUUUCUUCAACGCUUCCAUGGUCUGUGAUGACAACCACUACAAAACCUGUGCUCUCUACCAACGCCUAUCAUCCCAUCAUAACUAAUCUGACCGAGGAGAGAGGGAACUUGCGCUCCCCCGACACCAUGCUGGGCUACCUGGAGAACGUGUCCUUCAGUUUGCCCAACAAAUCCUUAUCAGAAAACACUGCUCUAAGCUUGACAGAGGCAUUUUUAAAAGCUGUCGAAGACUUUAUGUUAUUGCCCAACUGGAUUGAUGUACCAGAGACUGCUCACAUAUUUGGAAGCUUAAUUCAAACUAUUGACAGUGUGAUGGCUCACAUGACGCGCAAUCUGGACGAAAACUCAUUACCUUUAACUGUUGAGGGCAUGUCGACUGUGGCAGAUUACACCUUGGUCAAAAUGCAUCCUCAGACUCUGAAUUUGUCCCACUAUCGAUUUCCAUCUCGAGGACACAGUUAUAUUUCCAUUCCCAGUGAAGCUUUUCAUGAUAAAGCUUGGAUUACCAUUGUCGGCCUGCUUUACCAUAACAUGCACUAUUUCUUUCAUAAUAUCAACCCUAUGGACACCAAGAUUGCUGAAGCUGCUGCCUACAAAGGUUAUAUGAUCUCAGCAACCAGUUACCUUAUCUCUAUCAAAGUGGAACCUCGACCCAAGUUGUCCCACAAUCUGUCAGGAUCUCCUCUUAUUACCAUCCAGCUGACUCACCAGUUGACUCCCAGACAAUACAGCCAAGCCCUAAAUAAGAGUAACAGAGUUCAUCUUUACUGUGCAUUUCUGGACUACAGCGAUGGAACUGGUGUUUGGUCUAAUGAAGGUUGUGUGCGUGAGAGUGGAGACCUCAACUACUCAGUGUGCCUCUGCAACCACCUCACUAACUUCGCCAUUCUGAUGCAAGUGGUGCCUCUGAAGCUAACAAGAGAACACCAGGUGGCCCUCUCCUCCAUCACUUACAUUGGCUGUGCUCUGUCCAUCUUCUGCUUGACGAUCACGCUGGUCACAUUCGCUAUAUUGUCGUCUGUCAGCACCAUCCGCAACCAGCGCUAUCAUAUCCAUGCCAAUCUGUCCUUUGCUGUCUUGGUGGCUCAGAUCCUGCUUCUCACCAGCUUUCAGUUCAGCCCUGGAACGGUGCCUUGCAAGAUCUUGGCCAUUCUCCUCCAUUUUUUCUUCCUGAGUGCAUUUGCCUGGAUGCUGGUGGAAGGAUUUCAUCUUUACAGUAUGGUGAUCAAAGUAUUUGGGUCAGAAGAGAGCAAGCACUUAUAUUAUUAUGGAAUUGGAUGGGGCUGCCCGCUGAUGAUUUGUGUGAUUUCUGCAACAUCAUCCCUAGACAGCUAUGGAGAAAGUGGCAACUGCUGGCUUUCACUAGAGAAUGGAGCAAUCUGGGCUUUUGUGGCACCGGCGUUGUUUGUAAUUCUGGUCAAUAUUGGCAUUCUCAUUGCUGUCACCAGAGUUAUCUCAAGAAUCAGUGCAGACAACUAUAAGGUCCACAGAGAUGCCAAUGCCUUCAAACUAACAGCUAAAGCCGUGGCUGUUCUCUUACCCAUCUUGGGAAGCUCUUGGAUCUUUGGGAUUUUGGCUGUCAAUGCCCACGCAUUAGUAUUUCAGUAUAUAUUUGCUGUUUUCAAUUCACUACAAGGAUUUUUCAUGUUCCUGUUUCACUGUCUUCUGAAUUCAGAGGUUAGAGCUGCCUUUAAGCACAAAACCAAGGUCUGGUCCCUUACCAGUAGUUCGACUCGCAACAUCAAUGUGAAACCCUUCAAUUCAGACAUUAUGACUGGGAACAGGCCAGGCACAACCCCCACGAAGCUGAACACCUGGGAUAAAAGCUCCAACUCAGCCAACCGCAUUGAUUUAUCCGCAGUCUGA